CACUCACCGGCGGCGUCAGAGUUCAGAGGUUGGGGAAAGGUCGUGUUUUGGGUUUUCUCCCAGUCCAUUGUAAACGAUGGCUUCCAUAAGUUGGUUAACGUGCAGGCGGUUGUCCCGUCUUGUGUGCCCGUUCUCGCAGUUCGCGCGGCGGCCGCUGCUUCAGUACGCGUGGACUCCAGCGCGCGCGCUUCACCGCGGGAGCGCGCGCCGUGCGAUGGAGAAAUCCCCGGUGAACAGAACGCGAGCAGUGGAGCAACAGCAACAGUACAUCAUCACUGAACUAGACAAAGCCGACGCGCUGAUGCUGCGGAAGUCUCAUGAAACAGGAUUUUUGUCCUGGUUCCGGAAUGGUCUCCUGUCAACAGGGAUCGGCGUUAUUGCGUUUGUACAGAGUGAUGUGGGCCGAGAGGCUGGAUAUGCGUUCUUCAUCCUGGGCGGUGUGUGUGUGUCGUUCGGUGGAGCGUCAUACGUGGUCAGUCUUCUGACUCUGAGGAGGAUCAUGCUCCUCUCUCUGCCCGCUGUGCUGCUCCACACGGCUGUGGUGUCCAGCGCUGCCCUCUUCUGGCUGUGUGCCGUAUCGCUCUACAUCGGCCGCCUGGAGGUGGAGAUCAUUCACGACGAGGAUGAGGAAGAGCACGGGGGAGAUGAAGGCGGGGAGUGCUCCGAGUGCAGAGCCCGGAGCGAGAGACGAGGGCCUGAAGAAAAAGGCAAAGACAAGUGAGAUGAGAGGAGACUUUGAGUUGAAAUGCCUUUUACACUGACCCAGAGCCAGAGUUAUCUAUUCAUAAACUGCUUUAAGACAAAAGGCAACACUGAGUUCAGGUCGCUGUGGAUUAUUGACCCACUGCUUACAAAGGGACAUAAAUUCACAUUUUUUUCCUCUGUAAUAUUUUUGUUGGUUGUGGGAUGUGAGUGCUGGAACAUUAAAAUAAAAGUUCAUUUCUUAACUAGCACUUGCCGGACAACUAGUUCAGCAUCUUGGUUGUUCAACUGUAAUAAAAGGGCAUGUUCACUAUUUUAUAUUAAAGUUCUGAUAUUUGUUUGGUAACACUUUACAAUAAGGUUUGAUUUUCUAGCAUUAGUUAAUGCAUUAAGCACCUGAUAAUAACUAUACAGCAUUCGUUCAUAAUGUACUAUUGUUCUUUAUGAUAAUACAUUCGUUCAUGUUCAUUUAUAAUGUAUAUCAAUUAGAAUGUUUUCAAUUAUAUCUAUAAUUCAAAUAUAAAUAUCUAUAAUUAUGACUUUAACAAUGUAUUUGUAUCUGUAAAUGAACAUGAGUCAAGGUUAAUGAUGCUGUGACAAUAUUUGCAUUAAAUAAUGCUAUCAAACUGAACCUUACUGUAAAGUCUCCCAGCUUUUAGAAUAUGAUCUGUUUUUCAACGGUACAGCAGUUUUCAACUUAUUCUUUGAGAUUUAUUUGAAAAUGAUUACCUCACAAUUCCCCUCAGAUUUCCUGCUCUUGUCUUACUCAAUAAAAUCACUCCUUGUAGAUUUGACAAGAACUUUUAGACUUCAACUUCCAACAGAGAUGAAAGCUCGACUUAUCUUUUUUUUUAUGCAUCUGAAGUAUAGAUAUUGUGUUAUUAGGAUUUAUUAGCUGUCUUUGGUGCGUCUAUAAUCCGAUGAGGUGAGAUGUGUUGUCAGGUGUGUGUGUGGACCACACGUGCUCAUAUACAGAGAUUCACUCUACUGGAGUGUGUAUAUGUUUAUCUUGAAUUCAAUGUUGAAAAAAAAAAAUUAAAGUUUAAUUUUGAAGAGUUAUAACAAGCAAAUGUCACCCAUUCGGUGGAAUGGCUCUAAAACGUAAAUAUUAGUUUUCUAAACAUGACACUAUGAGUGAAAAUGACAUUGAAUUUUUUUAAUGCCUUUCAACUCCAUAUAAAUCAUGACCAAAAAUGUCCACAUGGUUUUGACAGGAGAUUAAAUAUUCCAUAUUGCAUAGAUAUAAUGUUAGUAAAUUAUUUGAUAUACAUUAUAUAUACUGCAAGUUUUGUGGUUAUUCUAUGCCUAGUUGGUAAAAAAAAAGAAAAAAGAAUUAAUUUAAAUCAUCAUCAAUAUAAGUCAUGACACUAUCACUUUAAUAAGUUUAGCUAUUUUUUUGAGUCAGUUAGAUGUAAUUUUAGUUUAAAUGACUCAUACACAUGCUCAUACAGCCAAUUUGAUUGUAGGCAGCCUAUUUAAAGAUUUUAGGCAUGUACCUUAAAUGCUAUGUGUUUAGCCUAAUGUUUAUUGUAGGCUAUUGAGCGUUUUGCCCCAUAGAUUUCCACCACGCUAGGGGUUAAUUAAUUACAACUGUGAAAUUGUAAUGACAAAAAGUUGUUAAAUGGUAAAAAGUUCAAACAAAACGUGAGUGGAGGUAGUGUGCGAUGAAAUCAAGGGCAGGUGGCGUCUCUGGAGGAAGGGAUUCGCGGUAAACAGACAGACGUGUUGAUCUGCACGCGUGUGCGGUUUGUUAAUGGCGCCGGGGACUCGGAAACAUGUGCGCUGCUUCUUUCAUUAGUCGCUCCAUAGAUAUCUAUGAGUCGUUUUCCACUUCUGUUUGUACAUCUUCAAAGGCAUUUAUUAUAUAAUUUCAUUAUUGUCAUCCAAAAAA